UUGGGAAUGAAACAUACCUAGGAUUCUUCUCCACCAUUUUUUAUUGGGCAUCGUUCUGUCGCGACAAAAAGCUCGGAGCUUUGAUCUUAAACUUAAGGUACCUCAUCCUUCAAUCUGCUCGCCAUACCAAAGACCGAUACACCCAAUCGUCUCUCAUAUGGCACCGCCCUCGAUGCAUAGAUAUCUUGUUUCCUGGUUAUAAUCAGCCAUGAAAGAUACGCGGGCUGUGUGCCUGCUCUGCAGAUCUCUCGGCGCCGGAACAAGACGACCUAUUCCUCCAACACCUCGAUGUAAUAUCACACAAAUACAAUGGAGGUCGCACUCGACACCGACACCGCCAGCAUCAGCGCCGCAUGCGGCCAAAACUACAUUUGGUGCUCCUGGUCAGCAAGAUGGAAGCAGGGACGGCGCCGCCACAGAGGCCUCUGCUGCCAACCAGCACACCCCACGCUUCAGGAGAUCACCUCCGCCCACUUCAACCGUCACAGGCAAUCUAGCAAUCUUUGAGAGCGUGGUUAGGGGUCAGCGCAGGCAUCAGGAUGACGAUAGAUUUGGCGGCAAGCCGGCUGAAACCCCCGAGUCAACCCUCGACCUCAAGACAUAUAACGACGUUGCCAAGUUGAUGAGGAUGACGGAGCAACCCAAGCCAGACCUUUCAGAAGCAUACGACUUUUUCAAGACCGAGAUAUACCCAGGCAUCAAUGCCGCCAAGUAUGUGCCUCGAGUUUUCGAACCAGAGCUGAGAAAGCUUAUCCAACGCAUCCUUACUGCCAUGAAGAAUGAUCCGACAUUAGAAAAGCUUCCGUCUCUUGCCGACGUGACACUGGUAGCUCUUCGCCUCGGCGUUUUGGACAUUAAGUCAUGGGCUCGCGCGAUGCAGGGCCGGUUGGAGUAUCUUUGCUUGACCAACGUCUCCCCAGAGGUAUCCUUGGAAGAGUACCAAGAAGCCACAGGUCGCAUCAAGAUGUUCUUUGACGACGUUGCACAAUCAUGGAAGCUUGUCAGCCUUCCUCACCAUGUCGUUAUGGAGCUGGAUCCACACACUCCUCUGGCCGAUGUCGACUUCCGCCUCCCCGAGGGACACAACCAAAGGGGUGAAUCGACGCUGUACUAUUCGUUAUCCAAGCUACUUCAUGCAUAUGCGCCCCUUCAACUGCGCCCGGUAAUACCGUUGCUGCUGGUUACCUGGGUUUUGUUCAAUGAUUCCGGCAGGUGCCUCCCUGGCAACCGGGCGGCCGCGUCACAUUUUCUUGCCUCAAUUACGGGCCUUGUUGUCCGGUCCAAGGAUUCCAAUAUGAGCCCAGAAAAGCUGGUGCAAAUCCCGGGCAAGCUGAUCCCGUACGUCCGUCAUCGCUGGACUGUGAUGCACAACCAACUGAAAGAGUGGAACGAUCCCAAGCAAUCGUAUUUGAAACACCCAACACUGAUCAGGAAGCUCGAUGUGACGGGCUCCGGCAGGAAACACUUCCUCGAGGUGAAGAAGAGUCUCAACAAAGCCCUUUCCGGCAAGAACAGUGCCAUGCUGGAAAGGGCUUGGCUGGACUUUUUUGGCCAUGAGUCACCACCUUCUCAGAAGACCAUUGAGGAUCUGCAGAGAUUUCCCAGCAUAUGGAAUCAGUUUAUCAUGGCCUUCAAUGCACUGAGGAGACCUCAGAGGGCAAUUGAGGUCUGGAAUACGAUGACACAGAUCGGCCUGGAGCCUACUAUCAAGACGUUUACCGCCAUGAUGGAAGGUUGCAGUCGAGGUCGCAACGCCUCAGCUUUGGAGAAUAUCUGGGAUCAGAUCGUGGAAUUGGGGGUACCCUUGGACACGCACGCCUGGACCGUCCGCAUUUCGGGCCUAAUCGAGUGUGGUAAGGCAGAUGCUGGAUUGUCCGCGCUGGAUGAGAUGGCAAGGAUUUGGAAUAAACAACAAACCUCCGGCGAACCCUCCGCUCAAGCUGUCCAGCCAUCUAUAGUGCCAGUCAAUGCGGCACUCUUUGGAAUUUUGCGCAUCAACGGAAUACCGGCGGCAAUGAAGAUUCUACAGUGGGCCGAGAGGUACAAUAUCGAACCUGACGUCAUCACUUACAAUACUUUGUUGCAAACCAUGAUCCGGAGGGCACCGGAACAGGUUGACGCAGUGCUUGAGAUGAUGAACGAUCAGGGCGUGGAGCCGGAUGAGGGCACCCAGACGAUUCUCAUUGAAGGGAUGGGUCCCUAUUUGAGGCAUGCUGGCCCAGAGGAGAAGCUCGAGGCGGUGAAGCGUAUCAUUACUAUGGUCACGGGCAAUGACCCCAAGAAAACCAAUCCCUCGGCCUACGCAAAGCUCAUGUUCGAGCUUCUGAAGGAGAAUGAGAGCCAUGCCGGCACUGACAUCGCUGUCAACCACAUUAUGCAGGAGAUGGGGAACCGCAGGCUCGAGCCGACGACACACAUGUACACCAUUCUCGUGGAGCACUUCCUCCACCGUAACCCGCCGGCUCUAGACGCGGCACGCAAACUUAUUGAAACUCACGACUUGUUCAACAAGCCACACAUCGACCAUGUCUUCUGGGAGCGCGCCAUCAGCGGAUUCAUGAACGCUGGGGACGUCGACAGCGCCUUCGACUUAUUCGAACGUUCCAAGAACGGCAACAUGACCAUGCGGCUGUACGAGCACCUGCUGCGCGCCCUGAUCGCCAAUGGCAAGGGUCUGGAAGCCGCACGAUUGGUCAAGGCCGUCGACGAGAUGAAGUCGUCGACUGAUGAAGAAACAGAGUCCCGCUUUCGACUUCACGCUUUCUGGGAUAUCGCCAGACAGUAUGGGCUAUCUCAAUGAUGUCGGGGAAGGUCAACAGAACCAAACAAAGUCCAGCCCAGACUCAAAUGUAGUAUUAAUACCAUCCUAUUUAGAUCGAGGGAUCCAAAUUAGAAUUAAAGUGAUUGUGUUUAUUUCAAAAUGCAGGAUCAGAUAUCGC